AUGGACAGAGGAAGGCGACAGAGGGAAAUGACAGAGAAAAUCAAAGCCCAGAUCAAGCGACACGCCGACGCCCGGCGAGGGAGGCAAACAGCCCAAGCGACCUCCGACGAUCCAGGAGCCCCGAACUUCAUCAUAGAGUCAGGACAGGCCACUUCCCACAAGCCGGCGGGAGGAGGACAGCCGCCGGUCCACACGAGACACCCCAAUAUCACAACGUCCUCUUCAACCACGGAGGCCGAUAGGGGACAGUGGAUGGCGUCCGUGCUUGGGUUUCUCGACGAAUACGAGCAAGUCCACGACCGUCACCCCAUGCUGGCAUGGGGCCGGGAUUUCGACAUCGACUUUCUGGCCAAAUACUUGGACUACGUGUUCCCCCUCCUGUUCCCCUUCUAUCGACCCGGGUUUCAAGAAACCGGCCGUAGCUGGGUGCUCGCACUUCUGAGACGCAGCCGAGUGGCUUUCCAUUCCGUGAUGAGCUUGAGUGCGUACUUCUUCAUCUUUACGCUGAUCGAGACAUACCCAGGGCAACACGGGGCGUGCAAACACCAGCUCUGGGAGAAAGUGGGGAGGCAAACGGAUAUGUGCUUUGAGAUGAUCCAGCACGACAUCCAUGAUCUCAGGCUUCGCGGCCCGCAGUCUACUGUCGUUGAAAAAGCACGGGUCAUGGAGAGCAUCAGUCAGUUUCUGAUGUUCGAGAUAGCGCUCAGCAGCGCCGCCGAUUGGAAUCUCCAUCUGACGCCGGCGCUCGCUCUCUUUGAAGAGAUAUGGCACAGCGAUACCACGACAGGGUCGGCACCCAAGCUGCUUGCCGCUCUUGAUGCAAUAGCUCUACCUCUUCGCUUCGGCGCCGACCAUGGAGGCUACUACAUCUGGAGCCCAGAGCAGGCCGGAUUUCGGUUCUUCGCGGGCCUCUUGGUCUUCAUCGAUAUUAUUGCCAGCACGGCCCUGGAGCAGCCGCCUCGGUUACUUGAGUGCCACCCACAUCUUCUUGACGCUCAAGACAAUGGCGAGCCAGAUUUUGGCCUGGUUCCACUCCGGUUGUCGGGCCUCGUGGGCUGUCAGAACUGGGUUCUGCUCGCAAUCAGUCAGAUAAGUGUUCUGAAUGCAUGGAAAAAGGAUAUGAAAAAGGCUGCGAGUUUGUCAAUGAUUGAACUGGUGGGCCGGGCGAACCAAAUAUCCCGUACUCUUGAUGACGGGAUGUCAACCCUCGACAGGUCAACAGCAAUCCCUGGAAAGGCCACCUCUUUCAACUUGCGAUCUUACCUAAAAGGUGGCCUUUCCGAGCAGUCCACGACCCACACCCGGAUUGGGGCCUGCGCGGCCCAUAUAUACCUCGCGGUAGUUGUUUCUGGCUGGCAGCCCUCUAACGCAGAAGUCCGCUCCGGCGUGUCUCGAAUUCUGGAUCUCCUACGAGGGGUAGGCUGCCCUGAUCAUCUGCGGACACUGGCUUGGCCGCUCUGCGUGGCCGGCUGUAUGUCAGAGGCGGGCGAUCAAGAACAGGAAUUUCGACACUUGCUGACAAGCAUGGACGGACUCAGCUUGGUUGGUGCGCUGGAGGAGGCGAGGAAAAUCAUGGAACGAGUGUGGGAGAAUCGCGACGUCCUGGAUAGUCAGACGUGGGAUCUUGCGGCUUGUUUCCGAGUCCUGGGCACGCCUGCGUUGCUGGUUUAG